UGUACUAAAUAUCAGAAUAGGAUUUCAAAAUUAAUUCCUCAAGUAGAACAACUCUUAAAAGAAGGAUCUCUUACGGAAGAAAUUGUUCUCGAUAAUGUACCAAAAUUAAUGAACAUUGUUCGUGAAUGCAAUGUCACAUUGCGUUGGAUGUUGUUGCAUACCUCCGUAUUAUCACCAAGUGCUGAGAAUAAUAAACGAUGUAGGCAAUUAAGAGAUCAAGUUUUAACCGACAGUAAAUAUAAGCCACUCCAAGUUUUCCAGUUGUUACUAUAUACAGCUCAGUUUGAAUUAAAAAUAAAAGAGAUGUUCAAACAACUGUUAACUGAAAAACAUGAAAAAUGGAUGAAUUAUCAAAAAGAAGGGAUGGAAAGAAUGACUGAAUUAACUGAUGUAUUUUCUGGAAUGAAGCCUUUAACUCGAAUAGAGAAAAAUGAAAAUCUUCAAGCUUGGUUUAAAGAAAUGUCUAAACAAAUCGAAUCUUUGAGUUAUAGUGAUGCAACUGUUACGGGAAGGAAAAUAGUUCAGUUAAUUCAAGCAUUGGAAGAGGUUCAAGAAUUUCAUCAACUUGAAAGCAAUUUACAAGUCUGUCAGUUUCUAGCUGAUACAAGAAAAUUUUUGCAUCAAAUGCUCAGAACAAUAAAUAUUAAAGAAGAAGUGUUGAUAACUCUUCAAAUAGUUGCUGACUUAUCAUAUGCUUGGGAAAUUAUUGAUAGUUACACCAGUUACAUGCAACAAGGUUUGAAGAGAGAUCCUUCUCUUGCAAUAAAGUUAAGAGCUACAUUUUUAAAGUUAGCAUCGGCGCUAGAUUUGCCUUUAAUGCGUAUCAAUCAGGCAUCUAGUCCAGAUUUGAUGUCAGUUUCACAAUAUUAUUCAAAUGAACUAGUGGCUUAUGUUCGUAAAGUCUUGCACAUCAUUCCCGAAACAAUGUUUGAACUAUUAGCUCGGAUAAUAGAAUUGCAAACUAACCAUAUUAAAGAAGUACCGACUAGAUUAAUGAAGGAUCAGUUAAAGUCAUACGCUCAACUCGAAGAACGCUAUGAGGUUGCAAAACAUACACAUUCAAUAUCAGUAUUUACUGAAGGAAUAUUAAUGAUGAAAUGUACUCUUGUUGGCAUUAUUCAAAUUGAUCCAAAGCAGUUAUUAGAAGAUGGUAUAAGAAAAGAAUUAGUUAAACGUGUUGCAAGUGCUUUAAAUAAUCGUCUCGUAUUCAAUUCGAAAGCCAAGUCUAGUGAGUUGAUACCAAAAUUAGAAGAAUUGGGACAAGUUAUGGAUGGUUUUAGACGGUCAUUUGAAUAUAUUCAAGAUUACGUCAGCAUAUACGGACUAAAAAUCUGGCAAGAAGAAGUGUCUCGUAUUAUAAAUUAUAAUAUAGAACAAGAAUGCAAUGCUUUUCUCAGGCAUAAGGUUCAAGAUUGGCAGAGCAUCUAUCAGUCUCGAACCAUUCCAAUUCCACGAUUUCCAUCUUUAGACAAUGUCUCAGUGAACUUUAUCGGUCGUUUAGCAAGAGAGAUUUUGAGAAUAACUGAUCCAAAAACAACCAUAUAUUUAGACCAAAUGAGUUGUUGGUACGAUUCCAAGACUAAAAACGAAAUUAUAAAUUUGAGAUUGUUUUCUCUUAUUCAGAAAACUGUGGGCACUCCUGGAUUGACCGGAUUGGAUAGACUACUUUCGUUUAUGAUCGUAACUGAAUUACAAGGAGUGUUAAAGUUAAUAGAAAAAAUAGUGAUAAAGGAUAAAUCUUGGCAGGAUACUUUGGAUAAUUUACAAAAUGCUUUACAUCCAGUUUCAGGCAUUUUAUGUAAGUAUAUUAAUUUUUCAUUUGUUAAAAUAUAAAGAUUUGAAAUGAGAUGUAAUUAAAAUUUAGUUGUAACAAUUAGUAUUUCAAAAUUUUGAGAUACACGAUUAACAAUUAGAAAACUAAUGAGUGAGAAAUGAUAAAAAUGUUACCAAAAACUGCAUGCAUCACUUCCUGAAUCCAUUGUCUCAAUAAUUAU